AUGCCUCGGCCGUCUUUGCGCUCUGCGCUGGGGCGGACCACGCGCAGCCAGUUGACGACGGCCUGCUAUGGGGCAUCCGGCGCUCGGGGCCCGUUGUCGAUCGAGACGACGGCGUUUUUCUCCUCGACACCCUCCCAAGCAGUCCUCAAGAACGUGCGUGGCCGCCAGGACCGCCUGGCCGCAGCGGCAUCCGAAGUCGGUUCCCUCAACGACAGCAGGAGCAACAACGCCACAGAUACGACAAAUACCACAAACAACAGCCGCAGGGGCGGCGCCCAAUUGAAUAACGGCGCGCCACGGUCGCGUGGGCCAUCAUAUGCGGCGGGACGCGGCGGCGGCAACAUCAUCAACCUCCGCAGCCUGCCGCGGAAUUCACGCGGCGGACCCCGUUUCGCUGCGAGCGCGCCAACGCCUCGCGUUAUCUCAAACCCUGCCUUCCAGGCCAGCCCCGGCGGAGAGAACCUGCUUCGUGACCGAGGAGGCUUUGGGCGCGGCCGGGGCCAGGGCCGGGGCCGAGGCCGAGGACGGAGCGGGCAGGGGCGGAGUGACGAAAACGAAGAAGAGGUCCCGGGGGACGAAAAGGACACAGACCCUCUGGCUCCCGAGAUCAUUGAGUACCUUGCCCGACAAAAGAUGGGCGAGUACUCGGACUUUGAGCCGCGUCUGACGCUCGAGGGUCUGCUGGGCUACCGGCCGGCCGUGGUCUCGACCGAAGGCGACGGCGCAGGCACCGUGGCGAUGGCACUGCGCGAGAUGCGCGUGCUGUCGGGCGGCGACGCCUUUGGCGGCAGCGAGGAGGAGGGCGCGUCGAGCAUGACGUCGGUGCCCAACGUGCAGAGCCUGCGCGAGCGCCUGCACAACGGCGAGACGGUCUUCUUUGACACGGCGAUGGAGCGGUCGAUGGUGGAGAAGGCGCUGCGCUCGUCGAGGGUGCAGAAGUGGCUGGCGAACAAGAAGCUGCCUGCCGACACGCCGCUUGUGGCACCGCUCAGCGAGGCCACCAAGGAGGUGAUUGUGGACGCGGCGAUUCGCGGCGCGUACGACACCGACACGGCCAAGAACGGCACGCUGCUGCAGACGCUGCACCGGUACCAGGGCAAGGACUACACGUACACUGAGCAGCACAAGCGCCAGUUUGAUGCCAAGAUCCUCGAACUGCUGCCCGAUGCCGGCCACAAGGUGGCGAAGACGGCAACGGCAUGA